AUGGCCGAGGUCGCAGGGCUUGUGCUCAGUGGCAUACCGUUGCUGGUUGCCGGAGUGAAUAUGAUACUUCAUGGCGUUUCCUCGGCUGAGCGUUACUUCAAAUAUCUCGUUCCUUUGCAGAGUCUAUACGAGGCCCUUUUGGGAGAAGAGCUCAUAUAUCGAAACAUGUUACAGGGUCUGCUGAACGGAUGGGUCGAUGAGCACGAGAUGAAAAUCCUGCUUUCCAAUCCCAAUGGAGAUGCCUGGAAAAGUCCUAAACUCGAAGAGGACCUGAAGAACCGACUUGGCAUUUCAUACAAUGUGUAUCGUCUGAGGAUGGAGCGCAUGAGCCGUAUAGUGGAGGAGAUAAAGAAGUUACUGAAGCUUGGGCCUGACGGAAGGAAGGUCCAAAUCAACGAAAGAAACAAGUUCCGACAUGAGUAUAAGAGACUCAAAUUUAGUCUGAAGAAGAAAGACUACGAUGGCUUGGUUGCAAGUAUGAAAGAGAACAACCAAUUCUUGCUCACAUUGACUGGGCAAACGCUCGAUCUACAAUGUUCCGGAGGCCGAAGGAAACGCCGAUUGCCAGAUUUCUCGACCAUCCAAAAAUGCGCCAAUCACGUGUACAAUACACUGUGCGCCAGCUUUCAAUGCGGCUGCCGAGACGCACAUGGCAUCGGUCUAUUGCUGGAGAUGCGGAAGCUUUCGAAAAGCAGCCGCCAUGAACGAGUGGAGCCCCUGAUUUUCGGAAUCAUAUUUUCUUACUCUUUACGCGAGUUCCCAACGCCCCAGCAGACCCCUUGGGCCCUUGAGGCAGCAGAGUUGCGCAUUUUUGAACCGGCAGAGCAGACACCACAGACAACAGACACUACCCAACCUUCGACUUCCAGGACCGUUCGAUUCCAGGAAGAAUGCUCGGUCACGACCUCAUCUUCAGCCCCCAAUCAAUUUUCAGGACUUGCUCUGAUCACGGAUAUUUGUGCUGAGCUUCAAAGGGCCCAGAAAUGGCAACAAGGGAAGUAUGUCGGGCUCCUAAAGGACAACACUACCGCACAGAAACUCGCCCUUUUCUCCCCAUCCUCACCAAUCGUCUGCCAAAGGUCCCAAGAGUUACGCUCCCUUCGGAAUAUCUUGUGGGAACCAAUUAGUGCAGCAAAACAACAAUUCUCACGAGAAAGACGACUGCGCUUGGCCGUCACGCUGGCUACAAGUUUGCUUCAACUAUACUGCACUCCAUGGAUAAAUGAGAAAUGGGGAAAUGAUGACAUUGUUUUCCUCGGUGUUGAUGUCGGAAACUCUUUCGAUCAACCAUUUAUCAAACGCAAGCCGUCUCAGGACGCCAGCCAAGCGACAAUUGAUAGAAGUCAACCUUCUCGGAGAGCAUCAGAACAGGGCGUUCGCAACCGCCCCUUAUUCGACCUUGGUGUACUUUUGAUUGAACUCUGUUUUGGAGAACCGUUCGAAAAGCUUCGGCAACCUUUUCAAUCUCCAGAAUCUGGGGGCCAAGCCAUCAUGUCUGACUACCUUGUUGUGGAGAGACUUGUGGACAAAGUCUACGAAGAAGGUGGUGACCGAUAUGGACAUGCAGUCAGAAGAUGUAUUCGAUGUGAAUUUGACAGUCGGUCGAAUGAUCUUAGCGACGAGAGAUUUCGAGAGGCGGUAUACGACAAAGUAGUCGCACUCCUCGAAGAAGAUCUCUAUGACUUCCACAAUGACCCAUGA